AUAUGAAGGACUUCAUUUUCAAUGUUCUCUUAUAAUUAUUAUUUCGCAAUUCUUGAAUAUAUUAUGUGACUGCGCGAAAACGAAACGGAGAAACGCGAAGACGCGAAGAUCGAUAUAACAGAUUAGAUGCACGUGAAUGUCUGGCGUGAAUGACGUAACAGCAACAGCUUUUCUAGCACGAAAAUGGCCGGCGCCGUGUGGGCCGAGGACGAGAUCGGGCGAAAGUGGGACCGUUGCUUCACGGAUGCUAUUCUCAAACUAAGCGGCGGUGUAGUCCUUGGCGGAGUGUUCUCUCUAUUUUUCUUCAAAAGAAGAAGAUGGCCCAUUAUAAUUGGUGCUGGCUUUGGAUUAGGGAUGGCAUAUUCCAAUUGUGAAAGAGAUAUAAAUGCUUCAAUACGUCAACAGACCUCUAGGAGCUGUAAAUCUGAAGGAAAAAAAUAACUAUUAGGAUCUUGUAAAAAUAAAAUUAAAGUUAUUAUUAAAAUAAAUGUUUCAAUAAAGUGACUAGUUAUGUUGCAUUAA